AUGCCGAAAGAACAGUACCGUGAAACCUACGUCGGGAGAAAAAUUUCUCAUGUCACAUUCAAUGUGGACAGUGCUUCUGCGAUACAACAGGCAGCCCAUAUUCAAGUCAUCACAAAGAACCUGUAUGCCCAGGAUGGCCAGAGGGUACCAGCUACAUAUGGUGUCCUGGACAGACGAAUGGGUACAAAUCAAAAAGAUGCCAACUGUGAUACCUGCGGGCUUGGGUUGGCAGAGUGUGUUGGCCACUACGGGUACAUAGAACUGGCACUGCCAGUGUUUCAUGUUGGAUACUUCCGAUCUAUUAUCACUAUAUUACAAACUAUUUGUAAGGAAUGUGCCAGGGUCAUGUUACCGGAACCAUUGAAGAAAUCCUAUUGCCGCAAAUUUAUGAACCCUGACAUCAUGUAUUUACACAAAAAGAAUCUUCGUGCAGCGGUCCAGAAGAAAGCAAAGACAUGUACCAAGUGCAUGCAUUGUGAUGCCUUGAACGGUAUGGUGAAGAAAAGUUCCGCUGGCAUAUUGAAGAUAAUACAUGAUAAGUAUAGGACAAAGAAACCCACGGAUCCCAUAGUGAAACGGGUUUUAAAGGAUUUUCAUGAAGCUAAAGAGUCAAACAAGGAGUUAGCUUCUAUGAUUAAUAGUGGGUUGAUUAUAGAAUUGAGCCCUUUAGAGGUCUUAAACCUAUUCCGUCGGAUCCCUGACGAGGACAUACCUCUACUUGGCAUGAACUCAAAACUGACGAGGCCUGAAGACUUGAUCCUCACACGACUGCCAGUUCCGCCUCUCUGUAUCAGGCCUAGCGUCGUCUCCGAGAUCAAGGCCGGCACUAAUGAGGAUGAUCUAACAAUGAAACAAUCAGAGAUCCUGCUUAUCAAUGAUGUGAUAUCUCGUCACAUAGCUAGCGGUGGCAAGAGCGAGUUAGUUCAGGAAGAUUGGGACUAUCUGCAGCUGCAUGCAGCGCUGUACAUCAACAGUGAGAUGUCAGGAAUACCUUUGUCUAUGCAGCCUAAGAAACCUGGUCGUGGCUUAGUGCAGAGGCUAAAAGGCAAGCAGGGACGCUUCCGUGGGAACCUCUCCGGAAAGCGAGUUGACUUCUCCAGUAGAACUGUCAUAUCUCCCGACCCCAACUUGCAGAUUCAAGAGGUAGGAGUACCAGUUCACGUAGCCAAGAUCCUCACGUAUCCUGAGCGAGUGUUCCCUGCCAAUCUAAACUGGCUCCGGAAGCUGGUCUGCAAUGGCCCUGACGUACACCCUGGGGCUAACUACGUGCAGCAGCGGGGUUUGAAACAUAAAAAAUACCUCAAAUAUGGUAACAGAGAGAAGAUUGCGCAGGAGUUAAAGUGUGGUGACAUAGUUGAACGCCAUCUAGUGGACGGUGAUGUGGUACUCUUCAACCGUCAGCCAUCGCUUCAUAAACUCUCCAUCAUGUGUCACAGGGCCCGGGUUCAACCACAACGAACCUUCAGAUUCAACGAAUGCGUGUGUACUCCGUACAACGCUGACUUUGAUGGAGACGAAAUGAAUAUGCAUUUACCUCAAACUGAGGAGGCGAGGGCUGAGGCGCUCAUACUUAUGGGGAACAAAUCUAACCUGGUGACCCCCCGGAACGGAGAGUUGCUGAUCGCCGCGACGCAAGACUUCAUCACUGGCGGGUACCUGAUCACCCAGAGGGACACAUUCCUCACUCGUGAGGAGGCACAGCAAUUGGCCACGUGCCUGCUGGCCGGACCUGACGCCACCAUACCGAUCGACAUGCCUCCACCCGCUAUACUCAAGCCGAGGAUGCUGUGGACUGGAAAGCAGAUAUUCAGUCUAAUAAUGAAACCCAAUAAGAAGUGCGAAGUGAAAGCUAAUUUAGAGACUAAGGGGAAGAAUUACACCGGAAACAAGGAUAUGUGUGUACAAGAUUCCUAUGUUAUAAUACGAAAUUCGGAGCUGUUAUGUGGUUCAAUGGACAAGAGUACGUUAGGUUCUGGUACAAAGACUAGUAUAUUUUACGUACUGCUCCGGGACUGGGGCGAGGAGUAUGCUGUCAGGGCUAUGUGGAGGUUAGCCCGCAUGGCGUCAUACUACAUGAUGAAUAGAGGGUUCAGUUUUGGUAUCAUCGAUGUGAGCCCCGGCAGGAAACUGCUGGAAGCCAAGAAUAAGUUGCUCGAAUCUGGAUACUCAAAAUGUGACGGAUAUAUCUUGGAGAUGGAGAAGGGCACGCUGCAGUGUCAGCCGGGCUGUACCAUGGAGGAGUCCCUGGAGGCAGUUAUGUUGAGCGAGCUCAGCAGCAUCAGAGAGUUGGCGGCCAAAGCCUGCUUCCGGGAACUGCAUCGCACGAAUGCUCCUCUUAUAAUGGCACAGAGCGGCUCUAAGGGAUCAAAUAUCAACAUAUCGCAAAUGAUUGCGUGCGUGGGUCAGCAGGCGCUGAAUGGCAAGCGAGUGCCCAACGGGUUCGAGGAUAGGUCGUUGCCGCACUUCGAAAGACAUUCCAAGAUCCCCGCAGCCCGUGGUUUCGUAGAGAACAGCUUCUAUUCCGGGUUGACUCCAACGGAGUUCUUCUUCCACACGAUGGGAGGACGGGAGGGUCUCGUGGACACCGCAGUGAAGACCGCCGAGACGGGUUAUCUGCAGAGGCGGCUUGUUAAGUCUCUAGAAGACCUGGUACUCCACUAUGAUAUGACAGUUCGGAACGCCACAGGCGAAGUAGUAGAAUUCCGUUACGGGAGUGACGGCUUGGACCCUAGCUAUAUGGAGGGGAAGGACAGACCAGUGGACCUUUCAAGGGUAUUGGUGGAUGUUCGUGCCAAAUACUUAUCUAGGGACGAGGACCCCCUCGAUGGUGAUGGCAUAGUUCUGGCGGCUGAAGAGACAUUGGCCCUGGACGACUUCAAGACGUGCACACAAGAGUUCAAGACUGAACUUCUCACAUUCCUGAAAGGUAUCGCGAACAAAGUGAAUAUUCUCCGCAAGUGUUACGGAAACUGCGGCUCCGUGGCCAAGCAGCUGGAGCGGCUGACGCUGACGCAGCUGGUGCAGUUCCUGCGCGUGUGCCACCACAAGUACCAGCGUAGCGUCAUCGAGCCGGGUACUGCUGUUGGGGCCUUGGCUGCACAGAGUAUUGGUGAACCCGGUACCCAGAUGACGUUGAAAACUUUCCACUUCGCUGGAGUUGCAUCCAUGAACAUCACGCAAGGAGUACCUCGAGUCAAGGAGAUCAUAAACGCAUCCAAGAAUAUAUCCACGCCUAUCAUUACCGCAGAACUGCAGCAGCCACUCGACCAAGAGUUCGCCAGGAGAGUUAAAGGCAGAAUCGAGAAGACCACGUUGGGAGAGAUAACAACUUACAUUGACGAAGUGUACCUACCGAACGAGUGCUUUCUGCUUAUAAGAUUAGACGCAGAGAGAAUACGGCUGCUGAGUCUCGAAGUCAACGUAGAAUCUAUUGUUUAUUCAAUAUGCACAUCGAAACUGAAGCUAAAACCGGCGAACGUCCAGAUCGUAUCAGACUGGGCGAUCAAAGUAAUCGGCGAGCCCACCAAGCACGGUGGCUGGCUCAACAUGACUCUGCAGCAGCUCGUCCGCCAGCUCCCAGCCGUCGUUGUCAAGGGCCUUCCUCAAGUGUCCAGAGCUGUGAUAGCAUGUGACGACACAUCCAGUAUCGUUAAGUACAAGUUAUGCGUAGAAGGGGAUGGACUUCGCGAUGUUAUAGCGACGUAUGGAGUUGACGGAACCAAGACAACAUCGAAUAAUAUUCUGGAGGUGUACCAUACUCUCGGCAUCGAAGCAGCCAAGUCCACCAUCAUCAGCGAGAUCCAGGCCGUGAUGGAAGGUCAUGGCAUGAGCGUUGAUAGGCGCCACGUGGAGCUGUUAGCUGGACAGAUGACGGCCCGGGGUGAGGUUCUGGGUAUCACCAGGUACGGGCUCGCCAGGAUGAAGGAAUCCGUGCUCAACUUGGCUAGUUUCGAAAAGACCGCCGACCAUCUGUUCGACGCUGCCUACUACGGCCAAACAGACUGCAUAGAGGGAGUCUCCGAGUCCAUCAUCCUUGGAGUUCCAGCGGCCAUUGGGACCGGAGUCCUACAGCUGAUGCACGCCCAUCCAAGAACCGAGCCGUUGUUAAUCAAAGAACUCGUCUUCGACAGGCCAGAGUAUCACACCUCUAUAUGGGACUAG